AUGGAAUUCGAAAACGAUUUCAGCUUGAAAGAAUGGGCGAAGGACAAGCCAUUGUCCAUUCUGCAGCUGGAUCCCGCAGACCGUGCCGUUUUGAGAAUAGCAGAUACGUCACUAAAUCCGUACGUGACGAGCAUCAAGAUUUGCCAGGAUGGAGUAUCUUCAGUUUACCGUAAGCUGUACAGCUCGGUCAUGUUUAAUGUAUGUACGUCCAUCACAUCGUAUAUUCAGAACAUUGACAACACUUACCGGCCAUCAGGGCUGAUAUUUAUAGCGAGCGGACUGAAAUAUUAA